CCGCGGCGCACCGCGCACGGAAACCCACCUCCACCGCGUGCGCCGUCGGCUGCUCGCUCGCUCGCCCCCUCUCCCCAUUCCCUUCCGCUCCCGCCGACACCGAGCGGCCCCGACGCGGCGGCGGAGCUCUGCCGACAUGGCGCCCCCGCCGCGCGCCACCACGGUCCUCGCGUGGGGUUCCGGGGAGGACGGGCAGCUGGGCAUGGGCGGGAGCGAGGAGAAGGACUGGGCCCACUGCGUGGAGGCGCUGGAGCCCUACAACGUCACCGCCGUCGUCGCCGGCAGCCGCAACUCCCUCGCCAUCUGCGACGACGGCCGCCUCUUCACGUGGGGGUGGAACCAGCGCGGCACGCUCGGGCACCCGCCGGAGACCAAGACGGAGAGCUCCCCGGGCCCUGUCGACGCCCUCGCCGGCGUCAGGAUCGUCCAGGCGGCGAUUGGCGGGUGGCAUUGCCUCGCGGUGGACGACAAGGGCCGCGCGUACGCCUGGGGGGGGAACGAGUACGGGCAGUGCGGCGAGGAGCCUGAGAGGAAGGAGGACGGGACGAGGACGCUCAGGAGGGACAUCCCGACCCCGCAGCGGUGCGCGCCCAAGCUCAAAGUCCGGCAAGUAGCUGCUGGAGGGACGCACUCAGUAGUUUUGACUCAAGAAGGUCAUGUCUGGACAUGGGGGCAGCCAUGGCCUCCUGGUGAUAUCAAGCAAAUAUCUACACCAGUACGUGUGCAAGGCCUUCAGAAAGUGAGGGUGAUUGCCGUAGGCGCAUUCCACAACUUGGCACUAACAGAUGAUGGAAUUUUGUGGGCAUGGGGUAAUAAUGAGUAUGGUCAGCUGGGAACUGGAGAUACCCAACCAAGGUCACAACCAAUCCGUGUUGAGGGGCUAUCUGAUCUCUUACUGGUUGACAUUGCUGCUGGAGGUUGGCAUUCAACUGCGCUAACUAACGAGGGAGAGGUGUAUGCUUGGGGGAGGGGAGAACAUGGGAGGCUUGGAUUUGGAGAUGAUAAGAGUAGUCACAUGGUGCCCCUAAAGGUUGAGCUUCUAGCUGGAGAGGAUAUUGUUCAGGUAUCAUGCGGAGGAACUCAUUCAGUGGCGCUAACUCGAGAUGGCCGGAUGUUUUCUUUCGGGAGGGGUGAUCAUGGCCGUCUGGGCUACGGCAGGAAGGUGACGACGGGCCACCCCCUGGAGGUGCCCAUCGACCUGCCGCCGCCGGAUACCAGCACCAGCUCCGACGGGCAGUGGCAGGCGAAGUACGUGGCCUGCGGCGGGCGGCACACCCUGGCAAUCGCCGAGUGGAAUGAGGCAAACGACUGAUCUGCGUGCCACUCCUGAGCUUGACAAGUCUAUUCCUGCUACAGCGAUGGAAGAAUAAGCAUAAAGCACUGCAGAGUUAGGCAUCGUAAGAUUUUUAUUGUACGAGCGGAGCUUUGGUAACGAAGAACAACACUCGGGAAGGGAACUCUGUGCAGAGAUAAUGAGGUUUCGGUGCUUCGGCAAUAUAUUCGAUGAACUAAUCUGCGGUCA